ACUUAAUCGCAUACUCGGUUUUCGGUACUUUUUAUAACUGUCGUAUUCGUCAAAACCAUUGAAUUGCAGAACUUUCGUCAAUGUUACGAGCUAUAAACCGAAAGCAGUAAUACAAAUAACUGACGUUCAGCACUUUCCAAUAAAAUAUACUGUAUUUUGCUAUUUUUGUUACCGAAAUGUUAUGUAAACGAUAAAGUUUCUCCUGUAGUCUUUCAUUUCGGUACUUUUUUACUGAAUGAUCGGUUAUCGUAUAGUUCUUUACCGAAUGGCCAUCAUUCCAGUACCGUACACUCGUUAAAGUUUACCGAACUGUCAGCUUUCUUCAACGUCGUUCGAAGCACCUGUCAAAAAGCAGAAAGUGUCGCCAUUUUUUGUUGGCUUGGUUUCACGCGGUACAAAUUUUGAUUAUUUUUCUGUGCUUUUACGUGAUAUUUCACCGGAAUUUGGCAAUAAUGGAGAAAAUACUGCAGCGGGUCGAGGAGUGCGACGUAGGAGCGAAACAAAUACUAUGUGAGUACAAUCUUUUAAUGCUUAUUUACUCGUAGAACACCAAGAUGGCAGAUGUCAGCAUUGUUUGUUUUUUCUGCCGGCGAUCAAUCCCUGGAUAUGUGGAAGAGCUGGGGUACCACCUAUCCUGGCACAUCCGGAACGGCCAUUUUCAAAAGGAUGCAGUGUUCUAUGAUUGUACCUUCCGGAAGUGUCAAAUGCGGUACACUAAUCAGAAAUCGCUCAAGCGCCAUAUUAAAGAGAAGCAUCCGUUAUUGGAAGCUUCGAAAAUUGAGGAAAUUGUGGAUGUGCAGGGUGACCCAUUUCCUGAAGAGAUCCACCCAAAUGCAUCUGUAUGUGACAACGGAUCAGAUUCGCCGGAGGAAACUCUUUCGCUCGACGAUAUUAAGAAAACAGCUUCUUUGAGCAUAUGUCGCUUGGCUGGUGAUGUUGGGCUUCCACAAACGAAGGUUCUGGAAGCGAUCAAAAUUUGCGAAAAUGUUGUUUGUCAAGUGGCAGAGUAUUUGGAAAAGAAGACAUCAGUCUUCCUGGCUUCAAAUGGCAUUGAAACAGACGACGAAGAGUCGCAAAAGUUUCUCAAUUUGUUCAGAAACAUUGAUCUUUUUGCAGAUGUCAAAACCUCUUCUCUCCGUAAGUCUUUUCUCAGAAGGAUGGCAGUAGACAUUCCAGUGCCAGAACCUAAAUGCCUAGGUAAACGAAGUGUCACUAGCCAUAAGGAAGGCAUACCUAAGGAAAUUUGGAUAAAUGACACAAUGUCGUACAUUCCCAUUAUCGACACUCUUAAGCUUGUAUUUCGAAAUCCAAGAAAUCGAGAGUUUCUUUCUGCUACUGAUUCUUCUAACGCUUCCGAGGUUUCAGAGUAUAGCUCGUUCCGGACUGGUUCUCUAUUUAAUAAUAGUGAAUAUUUCAAGCAACACCCGAAUGUCAUCCGUAUGUCCGUGUACCAGGACGAUGUCGAAUUGGGUAAUGCAUUCAGUUCUCGAGCUGGGAAAAACAAGAUUUCCAACAUUUGCUUCAGAAUUCAAAAUUUCCCAGAAAAAUGGAACAGUUCGCCAAGUACAAUUUUCCCAGUUAUUUUUGUGCUUUCCAGUCUGGCUAAGAAACACGGUUACAAUAAAAUUUUGGAACCUCUCAUACAUGAUUUGAAAAAGCUUGAACAAGGAGUUGCAGUUUUCUACGGCGAAGAAAAAGUAAUACUUAAAGCAACAGUUACGGCGUUUUGUGGGGAUUCUUUGGCCAUGCAUGACGUGUUUGGUUUACUUGGACCGAGCGCAAAAUACUUUUGUAGAGUGUGCACUAUUUCCAGGCCAGAGUUUCACGAUGAUCCAACAAAAGAAUGUCCUUUGCGAGAUGCUGCGUGGUAUGCAACAAAUCUAGCUGCUGUCCAAUGUGGUGAACAAAGUCCCACGGAAUGCGGCCUCAAGGCCUGUGGAAGUAUUUUGAAUGAAUUGCCAAAUUUCCACAUAACUGAUAACUGGACACUCGAUGUCAUGCAUGAUCUUGCCGAAGGUAUCAUCCCAUUAACAUUACAGCUUGUGAUGGGUCGCUACGUGAAGCAAAAAGACUUACGGUUCACCAAAUCAUUCAUCAAUCAUCGAAUUUCUACAUUCAAUUUCGGUUACGUCGAUCGCAAAAACCGCCCGAUGGCUAACAUCACGGACGAAAUGUUAUCUGCCCCAGGUGUGCACAGGAUGAAGCAGACGGCAACCCAAAACUUCGUGUUUUUGAGGGCAUUUCCUUUCUUAUUUGGACAUAGAAUUCCAGUAGAUUGCAAGUUCAUGUUGAUGAUAGGCCACCUCAUAAACAUCACUAGGAUCCUUCUAUCACCUGUCGUCUCAGCGGAUAUGUUGGCGUGGUUGGAUGAGCACGUGCGUUUAUAUAAUGAAUUGUUUUUUGAAAACUUUCAACGGAGGAUUAACAAAAGCCACCAUCUUCAGCACUAUUCUGAGUUGAUCCGACGAAGUGGGAGCGCAAAACAGUUCAACUGUUUGCCUUUCGAGCAGAAAAAUAAGCCAUUGAAGAACCAGGCAGCGACCUGUCGUAACUUCAAGAACAUCUGCAAAAGUGUUGCAGAGCGACAAAGUUUUCGAACCGUUAUUGAUCUACUCGAAAAUCCAUUCACUGAUUAGACCACGUUAAAAUCUAGCCCAAGGGUUUAUAGAGAAGAUACACUCAGUAAAGCUUAUUUAGAUGAGAAAUAUCAAUUCGUUUCCUGCCCUACAAAUGUAUCAAGAAAUGGAAUCGACUUUAGGAAAAAUGCAAUUGUUUCUUGCAAGGAACAUGAAAAUCUGUAUUUUCCAACCUACGGUAUAAUUCGUGAAAUUGUGGAACUGGAUGGUGGAAUACAUUUUCUGCUAAGGCUAUGUGAAACCAUAUGUUACGAUGAUUUUUUGCAAGCUUACGAGGUCCAAGUGAGCGCUGAAGAACGAUUCCUCAACUUUGAAGCCAUUUAUCAGCACACAACUUUUUCAUUUUGGAAAAAAUACAAUGAUCCCGCAAAAUAUAUUUCAAGGCGCUUUUAUAACCAGGACUAUUAAAGUGAGACCAUUGAAUUGCCUUAUAUCUGAGUGUGCCGAUCGUGGUUUUCAUUCAAACUGUUCAAAAAACCGACAUUUAUUAAUUGUUUUAAUGGGUAAGCCUUUGUUGAACUUAAUCCAUACCCCUGACACAAUUUGUAUAGUUUGAUUUUUUUUAUGAAUAUAUAUCCUCUUUUUGUCAAAAUUGUCAAUUGGCAAGAAAACUCUCAGUGAAUAACAGUGUAAGUGCUCAAAAGUUGAGUUUCAGGCUAUGUUCCUGUUGGUACGUAUAGCCAGAAAGAAUGAGGAGGUAUAAGCAAAGCAUCUUACAGUAGACAAUCUACCAAAUAUUGGACGUUGUCGACAUUCUUCCAGACUAACUAGGUAAGAGUCCACUGACUGUAACGGUUGUACAUAAGAACAUCGACAUCAUAUUGUACUUACUCGACUUACGCACAUUUUCCUUCAAAAUCUCUCAUCUACAUUCACAAAAAUUUAAUGUUGUUUGACCGUUUUAGUAUCGUCCAAUUGGUCCAACGUUAUCCAAUCCAUGUAGCUGUCGACUUUCUGCACGGUAACAUCAAAAAAUAAUCACAAAUAGUCACUGAAAUUUUCAAAACAUUUUUUACACUGUUUUCUCCGAACAUCUAUCUCGAAAAUAAAACUAUCAAAUUCAUAAUAAGGGCUGUUAACGUUUAACGCACGCACACUUUGGCGACUCGAUUCGCAUGGGUUGUCAACAGUAAUGUUUCACUAUAAAAUCUUUUCCUGAUAAUAAUAUUGCACUAACACAACCAUACUUUAGCAACCCCUAUAUAGUGUGAUGUUUAAAUAUGACGUCAUACAUUCAUUCAUUAGUUUGUUUGAUUACAACCCAUCAUUCCUCCCACCACCCACCAAAGUGCAUCUGUCGGGAGCUUGUAGUAGAACACCCUUUCGUGCACACUAAGAUUCAGAUGUUCCAGCUCAGUAAUUUUUCCACUGAGUUCAGUAUUUUUUACAUCUUUUUACUGAGUUUUCAACAGCAGAUUUAUUUCGGUACACUCGGUAAUCGUAUUUACCGUUCACCAGUAACGAUAUUUACCGUGCUUCAGUAACUUUUGACAGUUUGUGAGCUGAGCUCGGUAACUCAUUUACAGAAUAUCCGCAAAACAAAUAACCGAGCGUACCGAGUUAAAUCUGCUGUUGAGAACUCAGUAAAAAGUUGGGAAAAAUACCGAGCUGA